AUGUCUACACUCGUCAAGUCCCCGAUGUCCACACUCGUCGAGCCCCCGAUGUCCACAGUCGUCGAGCCCCCGGUGGCCACACUCGUCGAGCCCCCGAUGUCCACAGUCGUCGAGCCCCCGAUGUCUACACUCGUCAAGUCCCCGAUGUCCACACUCGUCGAGCCCCCGAUGUCUACAGUCGCCGAUCCCUCAGUGUCUACAGUCGUCAAGCCCCCGGUGUCCACAGUCGUCCAGCCCCCGGUGUCUACAGUCGUCGAGCCCCUGGUGACCACAGUCGUCGAGCCCCCGGUGACCACAGUCGUCGAGCCCCCGGUGUCCACAGUCGUCGAGCCCCCGAUGUCUACACUCGUCAAGUCCCCGGUGUCCACAGUCGUCGAGCCCCCGAUGUCUACACUCGUCGAGCCCCCGGUUUCUAGUCAUCGAGCCCCCGGUGUUCACAGUCGUCGAGCCCCCGGUGUCCACAGUCGUCGAGCCCCCGAUAUCUUCACUCGUCAAGUCCCCGGUGUCCACAGUCGUCCAGCCCCCGGUGUCCACAGUCGUCGAGCCCCGAUGUCUACAGUCGUCGAGCCCCCGAUGUCUACACUCGUCAAGCCCCCGGUGUUCACAGUCGUCCAGCCCCUGGUGACCACAGUCGUCGAGCCCCCGAUGUCUACACUCGUCAAGUCCCCGAUGUCCACACUCGUCGAGCCCCCGAUGUCUACAGUCGCCGAUCCCUCAGUGUCUACAGUCGUCAAGCCCCCGGUGACCACAGUCGUCGAACCCCCGAUGUCUACAGUCGUCGAGCCCCCGGUGUCCACAGUCGUCGAGCCCCCGAUGUUCACAGUCGUCGAACCCCCGUUGUCCACAGUCGUCGAGCCCCCGGUGUCUACAGUCGUCGAGCCCCCGGUGACCACAGUCGUCGAGCCCCCGGUGUCUAGUCGUCGAGCCCCCGGUGUUCACAGUCGCCCAGGCCCCGGUGACCACAGUCGUCCAGCCCCCCGGUGUCUACAGUCGUCCAGCCCCCGGUGA